UUUUAUUUACCGAUAAAUUAUUGAAUUUUAAAAUAAAAUAGUGUAAUUAACUGACUAAUAUCUUCGCGCGCUCAAAAGCAGCUGGGACGCGCGCGUUUUUCGCCGCUCCCCAACGAACUUUUUAACCGUGGCCUCCUAUCGCGUCACGCGCAGGAAAGCCCGAAUUCCCCGCGACUUGGAUGGAUACUGUGCAUUAUUUUUGGAGUAAGUUCCAAUGCUGUCCUGACUUCUAAUUGAUCAUUCAUCUAAAUUUUUAAGAAGCUCUACUUCCAUGCUAUGCAUUCCAUGAUAAUUACACCAGGCAGUGCGGUGGCUGCAGCCGACACCAUUUCUUCGCCGUGGACACCUGCGAGUUCCGGGCCGCCGCCCGAUGCCAACGGCUCCGGCUCGGAUACGAAGAACCUCGAUGUUGGCGAUAUCAGCGAUGACGAAAAGGAUUUAUCGGCGGCAGAUGCAGAAGGCGUAUGGUCGCCGGAUAUCGAACAGAGCUUCCAGGAAGCUCUUACAAUAUAUCCGCCUUGCGGUCGACGUAAAAUUAUCCUCUCCGAUGAAGGAAAGAUGUAUGGUCGAAAUGAACUGAUUGCUCGAUAUAUAAAGCUUAGGACCGGUAAAACGAGAACGCGAAAGCAGGUUUCCUCACACAUUCAAGUACUAGCGAGGAGAAAGCUUCGUGAAAUACAGGCUAAGCUUAAAGUGGAUCACAUGACGAAGGAGAAAACUCUACAGACAAUGUCGAGUAUGUCAAGUGCACAGAUUGUGUCAGCUGGGAGUAUAAUACACAACAAGAUGCCCUCUGCCUUCAUCGGGACCCUUGCCCUUCACGCUUCCAACCCCUCCUAUCCUGGACCGAACUUCUGGCAACCUGGAUUGCAACCCGGAACAUCGCAAGAUGUCAAGCCAUUUUCACAGCCAGCUUACACGGGAAAACCAGCGACUGCGGUAUCUAGCGGUGACAUGGUACAGGCACAACCACCUCCACCCUGGGAAGGACGUUCGAUUGCCACACAUAAGCUGAGACUUGUCGAGUUUUCAGCAUAUAUGGAUCAACAUCGAGAUCAAGACAUUUACCAUAAACACUUGUUCGUCCACAUAGGAGGAUCAGCGACUUAUACGGAUCCACUUCUAGAAGCCGUUGAUGUCAGGCAAAUUUAUGACAAAUUUCCAGAAAAGAAAGGAGGUUUAAAAGAGCUCUAUGAUAAGGGACCACAAGCAGCUUUCUUCCUUGUUAAAUUUUGGGCGGAUCUCAAUACAAAUAUCCAAGACGAGGCUGGCGCUUUCUAUGGUGUAACAAGCCAAUAUGAAAGCACCGAGAACAUGACGAUAACAUGUUCGACAAAGGUAUGUUCGUUUGGAAAACAAGUGGUAGAGAAGGUGGAGACUGAAUAUGCAAGGUUUGAGAAUGGAAGGUUUGUUUAUCGUAUCAGUCGUUCGCCUAUGUGUGAAUACAUGAUAAACUUUAUUCACAAACUCAAGCAUCUGCCAGAAAAAUAUAUGAUGAACAGCGUGCUUGAGAAUUUCACAAUUCUUCAGAUUGUUACAAAUAGAGAUACACAAGAAACGUUAUUGUGUACAGCGUAUGUCUUUGAAGUGUCGACGUCUGAACAUGGUGCUCAGCAUCACAUAUACAAACUGGUCAAAGAUUAGUCUGAUAAAAUCUGCUCGCCAUGCAGCCAUCCACCCCCAUCAGUGCCUACCACUACCACCACUACAUUUAAUCAUUCAUUUAUAAAUACACACAUUUACGCUUGUAAAUGUUUAUUAAUUCGCAUACAUUUACGCGACAUAUAUACAUAUAUAUCACCACUAAGAUAUAUAUUUAUAUAUCUAUCAGUAAAAAGUAAGAACAAUAAUAUAAAUAUUAUUCACUAAUUAUCUGCAACUACAACUAUAAUAGUAAAAACUGGUACCACUACAAUACACAUUGUUAGUAUGUAAUUAUUACAUACUUGUGUAUUAAAUGUAUCAUCAGGUAUGGUGUACUUGGAUCAAAACUUUUAACUUUUUUGUUUUAUAUUGUUACUUUAUCGUGAUAACGUAAAUCAAUACUUAUGAAUUCGUUUGUAAGCUGUGAUCUCAAAUGAUUUACGUUACUCAUUUAUCCGCGAGGGUAUAUUUAUAAAUUAACUUCAAAUAUUUUUUUUUAA